AUGAGUGAUACAAGCAGUGAGAUUCUUGCUCAACUGUUAAGAAAACGACGUAUUAAAAGAAAGCAUCAAGAAGGCGAUCACCCAGACAACGGCGAUAUCGUAGAGGAUAUUGUUGACGAUGAUACGACGACGACGAGACCCACUAAAACCUAUCGAAUAUCAAAGCAUUACUUUGAGUCAUCUGAGUUGGCCGCACAAUUGAAAGCUCUUCAUAGGCAUUCACCGAAAUUAGCUGAAUCGCUCUUCGUGUUGCUCAAAAAGGAUUUAUCAGAGUGCGAUAUUGAUGCGUUGCAAGCGGAUGAAUUUCGAAGAAUGGUGAAUACGGCUGCCGCCGAGAGCACUGCUGACAUUUGUGAGCUGCUCGAGCAAGACGACUGGCAACAAAUCGAGCGCGACCUAUCGCCGUUAUGUCCGCUGUUAAUGCCGCUGAUCGCUCACUUCAAACAAGAACCAAUCGUUUAUGCCGCACAACGAAAUAAUCACAGCGAUUCUGAAUCUAAAACCGACACAAAUUUAGUCACUGCAAUGGGUCGUUGCCAUCUGAUAAGGGCAAAUUGUGCGGAGCGUGCCACGUGUGGUACGAUUGAUCAGCGUUACGUCGUCAUGGGUCAUAAUAGUGGCCAGAUUAGUGUGACACAGCUGCAUGACGGUGUUUAUCAUCCGCCUGUGGGUUCAAAAAACGCUAAUUUACGACGUAUCUCGUUGAAUGCACCUAUUCGAAGUUGCAGUGCUAGCGGAAGGACGUACAAUAGCAUUCACACGGAUGUGGUGUAUGAUUUGAAGAGAUUCGGUGAUUCGGUGAACGCAUCAAACGUUGACAUUGGCACUAACUCCGUCGAUUUCGAUGGCUUAUGCUCAGAUCCGUUGUAUAUGUCGUGUGGUGGCGAUGGACUGGUAGCACUUUGGCGUGCUGAUAACGGUGAUGAGUUGCAACGGUAUCAGUCGUCCGCAGAUGCGGUGUUUCGUUUAUCGUUGCCGCAAUUCGACGCCAACCCGCAAACGUUCAUUUCCGGUGGUAUCGACGGUUCAGCGCGUCUCUAUCGAAUCGAUCGAGCGCAUUCACUGAGAGUUUUCCCUCAUGAGACACCCGUUAUCGCGUGUGCGCUCAAUUCCAAUGGUGACAGUUUGUUGACAGCAUGUCGAUGCGAGAAAAAGAUUCGUUUGUGGGAUGCGAAUAGCGGUUUGCCGCAACGUUUGUUUGGUCCCAUUGACACGCAAGCAGUGUUUGUUGAUUUUAUUGGUGACGAUCAAGUGGCGGCCGUAACAGAAUCAUCGAUGUUGUACAUAUGGAAAAUGGAGAGAGAUAAUAAAUUAUUGAAUUCGUUCGAAGUGUUGGAUGGUGAACGUUGUACAUUUAUGCUUUAUGAUGGUUCAUUGUUAGCGUUAGGCGGGUCAAAUUCCAAACUGCAAUUGGUUCGGAAUGGCGAACUCUAUCAGAGGUUCGAUCAGACAAGUAACGGCGGUCGCGUGCUGGAUUUCCAUCGACGCCAGAGCAGUGCCGAAUGGAUAGCACUGAUUUCGUAG